AUGGAAAAAGAACUGAGUGAGAAUACCCAGGAUUACUUUGCCUGUCGGCUCUGUGAAUUUGAUGUAGUUUUAGUGAGAAAGAAAGAUGUUCAGACACACCUUGAGGAAGUUCACUCUAUCUCUUUCAAUAACUGUGAAGGAGGUGUAGAUGAAAUAAUCCUAGAAACCAUGGAUGACCAACUUUUGGGGAGGUGCUACAACGAGAAAACUUUGAAUCAGCUUAGAGAUGAUCUUAACGAGGAAAAACAGAAUGAUUUCUACAAUGAGUCAGGAAAAGAUCUAAGUAUAUUUGAAGCAACAGAGACAUUGAAAGUUGCUAUACUACUUUUUCUGACAGAAUUCAAAAGGAAAAUUGUAUCUUUAAACUUUCCAAAUGUCCAAGUCAAAAAUCUAGAAAAUGAUCAGCUUAAUAAAUUUCUCCUGGCUAACCAAGGAGCUUUCUACUAUUACUCCUUAAUUGACUUAGCUAGAAUUGAGGAUAUUACUGUACAAAUGCUCCUGGCAAGAUCUUGGGACUGGUCUGAAGAAGAUCAAGAUUUAAGAAGGGAAAUUACAAAUAUUAGAGAUGGAAUCAUCCCAAAUACCUCCCAUUCCUCCCAUGUGGAAGCUCUUCAGUGUGUUAACACAGGAAAGAUGCUGCUCCUCACCAUGCACGAAAGUAUCAAACAUCUUCUCCUCCUUUGUUACUUGACAAAAAAGGUAAUCAAGAGACAAGAUUAG